CCGCGGUGGAAAAAAGAAAGCCCUCACUUAAGAGAGCGACCGCCGCGGUGGUGGGGCCCAGGGAUGCGCCCAGGACUUGGGCACCCUGGCCCACCCCUCAGGUAUUACAUGUAGACACAUGUGGCCCUCUUGCCCGGAUGUUUGACCUACAACAGGAGCCAGGAACCUGCAGGUUGGAUGUGGAUGGACCCAGCCUGGGAUGGAUCCCAGGGACCUCGGCCAGGCACAGCUAGUAUCCGGGUACGGGAGCUGAGCUGGCAGGGCCUAACCAACCCCUGCCCACAAAACAAGAGACGGGGCAGCCAUGGGGAUAUCCACAGGGAGCGGAGGGUGGAAGAGCACCUUUCCCCUGCUCGGCUGCAGGCCCUGGCCCAGGUAGAUGACCUCCAACUGGUGAGGGUGCUGGAGAUGUGUGUGGACACCCGUAAGAACAGCCUGGGGAACUUCGGAGUGCACCUCCCUAACCUGAUCCAACUGAAGCUGAACCACAGCUGCCUGGGCUCCCUCAGAGACCUGGGCACUUCUCUGGGCCACCUGCAGGUGCUGUGGCUGGCUCGCUGUGGCCUGACUGACUUGGAUGGCAUUGGCUCCUUCUUGGCACUGAAGGAACUUUAUGUCUCCUACAACAACAUCUCAGACCUGAGCCCACUGUGCCUGCUCGAGCAACUGGAGGUGCUGGACCUUGAGGGCAACAAUGUGGAAGACCUGGGGCAGAUGCGGUACCUGCAGCUGUGUCCACGGCUGGCCACGCUCACACUGGAGGGGAAUCUGGUGUGCUUGAAGCCAGACCCUGGCCCUUCCAACAAGGCACCCCAGGACUACAAUUAUAGGGCAGAGGUAAAGAAGCUUAUCCCCCAGCUCCACAUCCUAGAUGAGAUACCCACCACAUGCACCAACCUGCCUGCUUCCCAGAAGCUGAAUCAGGACUGGCUGAUGGUGAAGGAGGCCAUCAAGGAAGGCAGCGUGCUUGACAUUCUCCUCCCUCGGCUGGAUUGUUCCCAUGGAACCACUAUACGGAAACUUGACCCAAUCUUGCCUGUGCCUGAGACCCAACCAUGGGCUCUGUCUUUGCUGGUCCCUGAGGGCCCCUUGCCUGAGAAUCCAGCCACAGAAGACCAUUCCAGCAGCCUCACCCAUGGUGCUUGUCAAGUUCUCUGUGGGAACCCCACCAAAGGCCUGAGGGAGCGUAGACACCAGUACCAGGAAUGGGCACCCCUGGAGCAGCUGCCCUCACAUAGGCCAGAUCUGGCCACCCACCCCUCUACCCCAAGGCCUGACCCUACAGAAAGCUGUGACCUGGCCAUGAUUGGGCUCCGGGCCUGGAGGGAGCCUGGCCUGCGGCAGGUGGAGUUCCAGCAGGAAAGGCUUGCUCCAGCUCCAGCUCAGGACCCACAGAAGGCUCCUGAAGAACAGGAAGACCAGACUGGACCCAAGAUUUCCCUAACCCCCCCACGCCUGGCCUCAGAACUUUCCAGGACACCAGGCUUUCACCUGAUCCCUUCUCCCCCAAAGUACCCAAAGCCACCUGAGUCAGGCAGCAGCUCCUCGGUGAGAUCUGCAGAUCUGCCCUUCAGAGGGCGUAGGCUUAGAGUCCUAGGUAGCUUGGGGCCUAGCCUGGGCGAGGGGUCUGGCCUGGGUGAGAGGCUGGCUGCAGUGACUGCCCUGAGAGCACUGGACCACCGAGUCCAGGGAUGCCCAGACCCAAAGCCAGCACUAGGUCCAGCAGCUUGCCCUCCAGGCCUCCACUGCCUCCAUCACCUGAACCCUAUCCCUCCAGCCCACUCUCUCCCUUAAUGUAACCCUCCCUUGU